UUUACACACCUUCUUACACUCGUAGGAUUGGAAAUUAGCAGCUGAUGAUCAUGGCUGACAGAGACAUUGCUCUGCAAAUUCUCACCCUAUUAUCCAUCCUAUCAUCCACUGUAAACUCAAUUGAUUUCAAUUACCCUGCAGUUUUCAAUUUUGGUGAUUCAAACUCUGACACAGGUGAACUUGCUGCUGGCCUAGGCUUCCUACUUGCCCCACCUAACGGACAAAUUUACUUCAAAACUCCCACAGGAAGGUUCUGUGAUGGCCGUCUCAAUGUUGAUUUUCUAAGAACACAUCUCAUCACCCGGCAUAGCUCUCCCCUUCCAAUGGCAUCCAAGAACUGUAUCCUCAUUUUUCUCACCUUAGUGUCUAUCUUCUUGCCACUAACACAAUCCAUACACUUCAAGUUUCCUGCUGUUUUCAACUUUGGUGACUCGAAUUCUGACACUGGCAACCUUGUGGCGGCCGGCAUUGAAAGCAUUAGACCACCUUAUGGGGAAAUUCACUUCCAGAUACCAUCUGGGAGAUACUGUGAUGGCCGUCUUAUUAUUGAUUUCCUCAUGGAUGCAAUGGAGCUGCCCUUCCUAAAUGCAUAUUUGGAGUCAGUUGGGGUGCCGAAUUUUCGAAAAGGAUGCAACUUUGCAGCUGCAGGAUCAACUAUACUUCCGGCAACUGCAACAUCUGUUUGCCCAUUUUCCUUCGGGAUUCAAGUGAAUCAGUUUCUACGAUUCAAAGCUCGGGUUCUUGAACUGCUGGCCAAAGGCAAGAAAUUUAAUAAAUACAUCCCAGCAGAAAAUUAUUUUGAGAAGGGGCUAUAUAUGUUUGAUAUAGGCCAGAAUGAUCUUGCUGGUGCGUUUUAUUCAAAAACAUUCGAUCAAAUUGUUGCUUCAAUCCCAAACAUUUUGGUCGAAUUCGAAACUGGAAUCAAGAAACUAUAUGACCAAGGAGCUAGGAAUUUUUGGAUCCACAACACAGGUCCUCUUGGAUGCUUGACUCAGAAUGUUGCGAAAUUCGGAACUGAUCCAUCAAAGCUUGAUGAACUAGGAUGUGUAAGUGGGCAUAAUCAAGCAGCUAAACUUUUCAAUCUUCAGCUUCAUGCUCUCACAAAAAAGCUACAAGACCAACAUUCUGAUUCAAAUAUCACAUAUGUUGAUAUCUACACAAUAAAAUCCAACCUCAUUGCUAAUUAUUCUCGAUACGGAUUUGAGCAACCCAUAAUGGCAUGCUGUGGCUAUGGAGGACCACCUCUGAACUAUGACAGAAGGAUUGUCUGUGGGCAAACAAAAGUUUUGGAUGGAACCAGUGCCACAGCCCAAGCAUGCAAUGAUAGCACUGAGUAUGUGAAUUGGGAUGGAAUUCACUAUUCAGAGGCAGCAAAUCAGUAUAUUUCAUCACAAAUACUCACUGGAAAAUUUUCGGAUCCGCCUUUCGCUGAUAAAAUGCCUUUCCUUCUCAAUCUCCAGUUCUGAGGAGCUAAUUUGCUUACUAUUCUGUAAUUAUUCUAUUAAUUCUUUUUUCAUCGUGCUAAGAAUAUUAAAAAUUUCUGAUUAGUGCUCCA